AUGCUGAUAGAUCGUUGUCAGUCAACAUGGGAGAAGAUCAAUAAGCUUGAAGUCGUCAAAUUUAAACUACAACUUGACCUGAAUGAUAAAAAUGAAGCUUUGCAAAUCGACAAAGACAUGCUGAACUUAGACAAAGAGUGCGCCAACAUUACCUACAAAACAGACCCUCUGAAGACUCCCAAAAGGAUGAUCACGUACGAGCAGUGGCAGGAAAAGUGUGAAGCGACCAAGAGAAUGGCAGAAGACGAGUUGCGGGACACGCUGAAACUUCGCGAGUCGCUAUUCGUUGCUCGUGAACGUGCCAGGAACACGCUGCGAGCGCAAACUGACGUCACCAACUACAUGAUGCGGAAACGCAUUUACGACACCCAACGGGCGAGGAACGAGCUAGAAUGGCAGAAAAUGAAGAUGGAGGAGAAUAUGGAUAAACUAGCUGCCGAGUUGAAAACUAUGGGCGAACAGUUUGCCGAUAAAGUGAACGCUUUGAAGGUGGCUCAAACGCGUCUAGAAGUACGAGGCUAUCGGCCCGGCAUCGAACUAGUCUCCGACGAGGCGGACUUGGGACUGAAGGAGGAAGUUUCCAAUCUGAAAGAAACUGUUCGUCAACUGCAAGACAAGUUGGAUUGCGCUAAGGCUACGUACAACGCUCUGGAAGCCGCCUCAAUAAAAAUAGCACUGGACUUAAACGACAAGGAGCACUCACUGGAAACGGACACGCAAGCUCUCGAAAUGAGGGCCGCAUUAGAGCCCAAGAGAUUGCAGGGCACCGAGAAGAAUCUUGUCCUCGCCCGCGUCACAGAUGAAAUGCCUAAAACAGAGAUG